UGCUCAAUGGAGAGUGAAAGCACAGAUUCAUGAUGAAAACCAGCCCCCGUCGGCCAUUGAUUCUCAAAAGACGGAGGCUGCCCCUUCCUGUUCAAAAUGCCCCAGGUGACACAGCAGAGGAGGAGGCGAAGGGGCCCCCUGCCCAACAAGAGCCUGCUCAAGCGCAAGCCCCCAAGGAGGUGGCAGAGCCCAACCCCUGCAAGUUUCCAGCCGGAAUCAAGAUCCUGAACCACCCAACCAUGCCCAACACCCAAGUGGUGGUUGUCCCCAACAACGCCAACAUCCAGAGCAUCAUCACAGCACUGACCGCCAAAGGGAAGGAGAGCGGCAGCAGCGGGCCCAACAAAUUCAUCCUCAUCAGCUGUGGGGGAGCCCCCACUCCCCCUCCAGGACCCCAGCAUCAAGCCCAAACCAGCAAGGACCCCAAGAGGACAGAAGUGAUCACCGAGACCCUGGGACCAAAGUCUGCAACUGGGGAUGAGAAUCUUCCAAGACCAGCGGGAGUCCUUCCUGGGCAGAGAUGGAAGAACUGUGCUGGCGGUGAGGCAGCCAGCUGCCCCCUGGACAACAGCUUGACCAACAUCCAGUGGCUUGGAAAGAUGACUUCCGAUGGGCUGGGCUCCUGCAGCAUCAAGCAAGAGGUGGAAGAAAAGGAGAAUCGUCACCUGGAGCAGAGUCAGGCCAAGAGCCCUCAGGUGGAGAGGCCCCCUGGAGCGUCGGCACCCUGGCCAGACUCCGUGUCUGAACGACCCCCAUACUCCUACAUGGCCCUGAUACAAUUUGCCAUCAACAGCACAGAGAGGAAGCGCAUGACCCUGAAAGACAUCUACACUUGGAUCGAGGACCACUUCCCCUAUUUCAAGCACAUCGCCAAGCCGGGCUGGAAGAACUCCAUCCGCCACAACCUCUCUCUACAUGACAUGUUCGUCCGCGAGACGUCUGCCAACGGCAAGGUCUCCUUCUGGACCAUUCACCCCAGUGCCAAUCGCUACCUGACACUGGACCAGGUGUUUAAGCAGCAGAAACGGCCCAACCCUGAUCUCCGCCGGAACGUGGCCAUCAAAACCGAACUCCCCCUGGGUGCACGGCGGAAGAUGAAGCCACUACUGCCGCGGGUCAGCUCGUACCUGGUGCCCAUCCAGUUCCCUGCAAACCCGUCGCUGGUGCUGCAGCCCUCGGUCAAGGUGCCCUUGCCCUUGGCAGCCUCGCUCAUGAGCUCAGAGCUUGCUCGCCACAGCAAGCGAGUCCGCAUCGCCCCCAAGGUGCUGCUAGCGGACGAGGGGGUGGCCUCUCUGCCCACGGCAGGACCAGUGACAGAGGAGAAGCUACUCCUCGCAGAAGGACUGUCUCCUCUGCUUCCUGUACCGUCCAUCAAGGAGGAAGAUGUCCAGCCUGGGGAGGAGACACCACUUCUAGGGAGGCCCAUCAAAGUCGAGAGCCCACCCCUGGAAGAGUGGCCUUCACCCUGCCCAUCGGUCAAGGAGGAGUCAUCCCACUCCUGGGAGGACUCGUCCUGCUCCCCAACCCCUAGGCCCAAGAAGUCCUCCAACACUGGGUCCAGGUCCCCCGCCCGCCGUGUCUCCGACCUGCUGGUGAUCAAACGCAGGGAGGGGCGGGAGAUGAGCCGGUCUCGGAGGAAACAGCACCUCGUGCCACCCCGCCUGGACGAGCCCGAGCUGCUCCUCUCCGAGGGCCCGGGGGCUCCCCAACCAGCCCUGGCAGGGCCCCCGCAGCCCACCUGCCAGCUCAGCUGCCCCCCAGAGGACGGAGGCCCCUUUAAGACACCCAUUAAGGAGAUGCUGCCCACCUCCUCCACCCCCAGCAAAUCUGCCCUCCCCACGACCCCUGAGUCCUGGAGGCUCACACCCCCAGCCAAAGUCGGGGGGCUCGACUUCAGCCCUGUACGAACCCCCCAGGGUGCCUUUGGCCCCCUGCCGGACUCCCUGGAGCUCGUGGAUCUCAGUGCCACCCCACUGAAAAGCGUCCCGCUCUUUGACUCCCCCCGAGAGCUCCUCAAUUCCGAACCCUUUGACCUCGCCACUGACCCCUUCAGCAGCUGCCCACCCUCUGAUAUGGAGGUCCCCAAGCCGGGUUCCCCCGAGCCGCAGGUGGCCGGCCUCUCGGCCAACCGCUCUCUGACCGAGGGCCUGAUCCUGGACACAAUGAACGACAGCCUCAGCAAAAUCCUGCUGGACAUCAGCUUCCCCGGCCUGGAGGAGGACCUGCUGGGCCCCGGCAGCGUUGGCUGGACUCAGUGCAUUCCUGACCUGCGGUAGAGGCAGGGCUCCUGCCCCUCAGGCCAUCCGCUCGCUCUCCAGAUG